AUGGGCACCUCCGCAGUCCCCGAGCCAGCCCUGACCAUCCGCCACUUGCACCGUCACCCCGCCACCGGCACGUUCGCCCAGCCACCGGCACCUCCGCUCAAGCGGAACCAGCCCCACCGUGCGCCAGCCUCGCUCCCCCCCUCGGGCGUCCGUCCCGCACCUAUCGGCGCCCAAACGUCGCCCACGCACACCGGUACCAUCCAUCCAUCACUCGCCCACACCGGCUCUCGAGACCCUUGGGCACUGGUGGCCCCCCCAGAUCCCCACUGCCGCUGCAGCCCCCCAACCCCCAGCCCUGGGCAGGGCAGGCUCCAGGCCCGCCAGCAGCUGAGCAUCGCCUGUGCUGUCUGCUGCCUCUUCAUGGUCGGGGAGGUGAUAGGUGGGUACCUGGCACACAGCCUGGCCGUCAUGACCGAUGCAGCCCACCUGCUGACAGACGUGGGCAGCAUGUCCGUCAGCCUCUUCUCCCUCUGGGUCUCCAACCGCCCACCCACCAAAACCAUGACCUUUGGUUGGCACCGCUCGGAGACACUGGGUGCACUGGCCUCUGUCCUCUCUAUCUGGGUUGUGACCGCAGCCCUUGUCUAUCUAGCGGCCGCCCGCAUCAUCAGCAAUGACUACGAGAUCGAGGCACGAGCCAUGCUGGCCACAUCCGCCUGCGCCGUCGGCGUCAAUCUGGUCAUGGCCUACAUCCUGCACCAGUCCCCUGCUGGCCAUGGCCAUGGCACAGGGGCCUACGAGCAGCUGGAGAGCUCUGUGGCCUGCCAGCCCAGCCACAGCCCCCUGCCUGGCAGCACCAGCGUGCGGGCAGCCUUCGUCCAUGUGGUGGGGGAUCUGCUGCAGAGCGUCAGUGUCCUCGUGGCUGCCACCAUCAUCUACUUCAAGCCCCAGUGUAAGAUCGCAGACCCCAUUAGCACCCUCUUCUUCUCUGUCUUCGUCCUUGGCUCCACCAUCACGAUCCUCAGAGAUGUCUUCAGGGUCCUCAUGGAAGGGACACCGCGGGGCCUCGAGUUUGAUGCGGUGAAGGACGUGCUGCUGGGGACCAGCGGGGUGCGGGGUGUCCAUGACCUCCAUCUCUGGGCGCUGACGCUGAGCCACCCCGCGGUGUCGGUGCACGUGGCUGUGGAUGCCAGCGCUGAUGCCGAGAUGGUGCUGCAGGAGGUCACUGCCCGGCUCCAGAGCAGGUUUGGCUUUGCCUUGUGCACAGUACAGGUGGAGCAGCACCACGAGGAGACAGCAGGCUGUCCCCACUGCCAGGACCCCCAAGCCUGA